GCUACUACCGCCAGAGGCGGAAAGGCGAGAAUUUAUUUCACGGUCAAGUCAUUCCUAAUGUUACCAAGUCUUAUACCAAACGGUAUAAGAGUUGGUGUUUAUUGAUUGCAUGGCGUCAUGGUGAAAUGGACAGAAGAGGAGCGUCGCAUCGUCAGAGAAGUUUGGGAAAAAGUUGACAUUGAUGAGAUUGGGGAACAGCUUUGGGCAAGAGCUUUGAUUGUUUACCCCUGGAUUGAGAGGUAUUUUGGCACUUUUGGAGACAUCUUCACCACCACAGCGAUUUUAAACAACUCCAAAUUGGCUGCCCUCGGAAAGAUCGUGCUGAGGGGUCUGGACACAGCCGUGAAGAACAUGGACAACAUCAAACCUACGUGUGCUUCUCUGAGCAGGCUGCACUACGAGAAAAUCAAAGUGGACCCGGAUAACUUCCGACUGUUGGCAGAAUGCAUCACCAUUUCCAUUGCCUGCAAACUCAAAGCUGAGCUGAGCCCGCAGGUCCAGGCAACCUGGCAGAAGUUCCUCUCCGCUGUGGUGGAGGCCAUGAACAGUCAGUACAAAUAAAACGGCAAGACCCAAUCAAGCAUGGAGGAAAAUCAACCAAUGAAUAAAACUUGUUAAAAAAAAAACAUUUAUGUGCUUGUCAACGUCUGAACAGUACAAGUGUGUGAAUAAUUACGUAAAGUGUAACAGAAGCUGUGCAAAUGGUAACAUCAUGUCAUUUACAUUAGUAUGACCCCUGAAGGCAAUAAACAGAUCACCAUGAAAUCUGUGCUGAUAUUUAAUGUAUGUAUCUAAUGUAUGUAAAUCAAGAUGAAUUUGUAAGGUCCUGAAGGCAAAAGUCCCAGCACAAACCACCAACAAUAUUUAGAUUUGAUACUUUUAACAAGAAAAUUGGAUGUUGGCA